GGGAAGAGAAGAAGCGCUGCAAGAGAAGAAACACUACAAGACAAGAAACACUACAAGACAAGACAGCGCGACAAUCAACGACACCGGAGUAUGAAUACAAGCAUAGCUACGGUUCUACUUUUGGCACUGCUGGGCUUUCUCGUCUGCGAAGGGGGUAAUCCGUGUUGCUCAGAGCCAUGCCAGAACAGAGGAGUGUGUACAGCUAUGGGAUCCGAGAGCUACGAGUGUGAUUGCACGCGCACCGGUUACUAUGGGCAAAACUGUACGACGCCUGAAUUCCUCACAUGGAUUAAAGUCUCCCUGAAGCCCUCGCCUAACACCAUCCAUUACCUUCUCACCCACUUCAAGGGAUUUUGGAACAUCAUCAACAACAUCUCGUUUCUCAGGGAUGGCAUCAUGAGAUACGUGCUGACAUCCCGAUCUCACCUGAUUGAUAGUCCCCCAACCUUCAACGCAGAUUAUCACUACAAAAGCUGGGAAUCUUACUCCAAUCUUUCCUACUAUACACGUACCCUCCCCCCUGUACCACAGGAUUGCCCCACCCCAAUGGGGGUAGUAGGAAAGAAAGAGCUGCCUGAUGCCAAGAUGUUGGCUGAGAAGCUCCUGAUGAGGAGGCAGUUCAUCCCAGAUCCUCAGGGUACAAGUCUGAUGUUCGCCUUCUUCGCACAGCACUUCACUCACCAGUUCUUCAAAUCCGACAUGAAGAUGGGACCCGCCUUCACAAAAGCUAAAGGCCACGGGGUGGACCUCAGCCACAUCUAUGGAGAUACACUGGAGAGGCAACAUAAACUUAGACUUUUUAAAGACGGAAAGCUGAAGUAUCAGACACUCGAUGGAGAAGUGUAUCCCCCAACAAUGAAGGACAUUGGUAUCGACAUGCAUUACCCUCCUAAUGUGCCCGAAUCUGUCCGCUUUGCCGUGGGCCAUGAGGCCUUUGGGCUGGUGCCUGGUCUGAUGAUGUAUGCUACCAUCUGGCUCCGCGAACACAACCGGGUUUGUGACGUCAUGAAGGAGAUUCAUCCUGACUGGGAUGACGAAAGGCUCUUCCAGACAACGCGGCUUAUUCUGAUUGGUGAAACCAUCAAGAUAGUGAUUGAGGACUAUGUGCAGCACCUUAGCGGCUACAACUUCAAGCUGAAGUUUGACCCAGAGCUGCUGUUCAGCCAGCGCUUCCAGUACCAGAACCGCAUCGCAUCCGAAUUCAACACCCUGUAUCACUGGCACCCACUGAUGCCAGAUGCGUUCCACAUUGAGGAACAAGUUUACAACUAUCAACAGUUUGUCUUCAACACCUCUGUGGUUUCUAAUCACGGCAUAAACAACCUGGUGGAUUCUUUCACCAAGCAGGUUGCUGGACGGGUUGCUGGCGGUCGAAAUGUCCCCGGGGCGGUGAUGUAUGUCGCCAUCAAGUCAAUAGAGAACAGCAGAAAAAUGCGUUACCAGUCUCUCAAUGCCUACAGGAAACGCUUCUCCAUGAAGCCCUACAGCUCCUUUGAGGAUCUUACAGGAGAGAAAGAGAUGGCUGCGUUGCUGGAGGAGUUUUACGGAGAUGUUGAUGCUGUGGAACUCUAUCCAGGCCUUCUGUUGGAGAAACCCAGGCCCAACGGCAUCUUCGGGGAGACCAUGGUGGAGAUGGGGGCCCCUUAUUCCCUCAAGGGCCUCAUGGGAAACCCCAUCUGCUCUCCAGAGUACUGGAAGCCCAGCACAUUUGGAGGCAGCGUGGGCUUUGAUAUUGUCAAUACCGCGUCUUUGCAGAAGCUGAUCUGCGACAAUGUCAGGGGACCCUGCCCCGUAGCGUCUUUUCACGUGCCUAACAUUAAAGACACAGGGUCCAUCACCAUCAACUCGAGCACGUCACACUCACGCAACAGUGAUGUCAACCCCACGGUCAUUUUGAAAGAAAGGACUAGUGAGCUCUAAUUUUUCUUUUAAUCGUAUUUUUUCCCAUUUAUUUAUUUAUUUAUUUAUUACAUAUUUAUUGCUCUAUUUAUUGCAUACUAGAAACACUGUAUACCCCAAUUUUUAUACAGAAUUUUGUAUGAUUAUAAAAACGUUGCUUGUUUUAUUUAUUGAAAGGGUAAAUGUGUUGUAUGUUGUUACAGUAACUGAUGACCUCAGACAUAGUACUGUGUUUUUAAUGGCAAUGUUUUUAAUAACUUGAUACUUGAAUAAUGUUAGCAUAACGUAGUUUACAAUUUCGACUGCACUGUCCUAAUGCUGCCUUAAAACCUCUGCUUUUUCUAUUUAAAAUCCUGGAGACGACCUCCACAUAGCUGUUGCAGUGAAACCUAUGUAUGCUGAGCAACAUCCCCCUUGACUGUUGUAUUUUCUGUAUCUGCAAUGAACUACUCUGCCAGUGUAAUCUGAUCAGUGUUCUGAUCUGUUUUUACAGUAAAAAAAGAAGCAAACUAUUCAACUUUACAGUUUUCUCUUGUGUCGUGUCAUAUUUUUUAAUGCACAUCCUUCAGGUGUUAAGGUUUGCUAUUAUUUAAACAUGAAAUACACCAUAUAGGAUAAAGAUAAAAUAUUUUUCAUGUUCAC